UUCGUUUCUUUCUUGGUAAUUUCGGAUUCUUUUGAUACACAGUGUGGAGAGACAAGAAAAGGAUUGUGCGACAUUAAACCUUUGAAAAACCCUCACUCGCUAUUUCUCUCGCAACUCCAUUUGUCUUUUUCUUCCUCUUCUUCUACCCCAAUCACAAACCCUAGAAACCUAAAUCUUAACAUUCCCGCGCUUUAAAUCUUCUUACAAUCUCUCUACGAAGUCGAAGACAAAAAGGUUUUCCAUCUUUGCCAGCAUGGAAGUAGAUGAAGAAGAAACCACCUUGAAUACCACUACUUCGCCAUCAUUGCCCCAACCCUCAGCUGUACGCUCUCAUGACAACUUAACAUCCGCCAUCACCACUACUAAUCUUCCACUUCUUCCAACCUUAAUUGCACCACCUCCUCCAGCAGGUGUUCUUCCAAUUAUUUCUGCAAUUAAUCUCGCCCCACCUCUUCCUCCUCAAAUCAUUCCUCCAAUAGCUCCCAUUCCCCUUGCCCCGAUUCCUCGUCCUCCUGUUAUGCUCCCACCACAUCCGGGAACAGCUGAACAAAAUGGCUCUGAUUCUGAUUCCGGCGAUGAAGAAUCUGGUCCUAAUAAGUCCAUGGAUUACGAGAUAUCAGAAGAGAGCAGACAGGUCCGAGAGCGUCAAGAAAAAAUAAUGCAGGACCACCUUUUGAAAAGAAGGGCUUACGCUCUAGCCGUACCAACUAAUGACUCGGCUGUUCGUGCUCGUCUUUGUCGUCUUGGCGAACCAGUAACGCUUUUCGGCGAAAGAGAGAUGGAAAGAAGAGAUCGUUUAAGGAAGAUAAUGGUGAAUUUAGAUCCUGAACAUCAGGAUAAGCUUUUUAAAGCUCACGAAGAUGAGGAGGCUGCAAAUGCUGCUGCUGCCGAGGAUAGUGAUGGGGAAGGGCCUCAACAGUACCCUUUUUACACUGAAGGAUCGCAAGAGCUUUUGCAAGCGCGAAUAAACAUUGCAAAGUAUUCGAUUGUCAAGGCAGCUUUGAGGCUUGAGCGUGCGAAAAGGAGGAGGGAUGACCCAGAUGAAGAUUUUGAUGCUGAGAUAGAUUGGGCCUUGAAACAGGCUGGUAGCUUGGAACUUGAUUGUAGUGAAAUAGGUGAUGAUCGGCCACUUACUGGAUGCUCCUUCUCUUGUGAUGGAGAAAAGCUUGCAACCUGUGCUUUAAAUGGAGCCACUAGAUUAUGGAGCAUGCCACGAGUAAGUAGGAUUGUUGCUCCUUUCAAGGGUCACACAGAGCGGACAACUGAUGUUGCAUUUUCUCCUGUUUCAUCUGACCUUUUAGCAACUGCAUCUGCUGAUCGAACUGCAAUCUUGUGGAACACUGAAGGGCGUUGUUUGAGAAAAUAUGAAGGGCAUCUUGAUCGACUUGCUCGUGUGGCGUUCCACCCAACCGGUAAGUAUCUGGCGACAGCCAGUUUUGAUAAGACUUGGAGAAUGUGGGAUGUUGAAACUGGAGUCGAGCUGCUUUUCCAAGAAGGCCACAAUAGGAGUGUUUAUGGUAUAUGCUUUCACCAUGAUGGUUCUCUGGCUGCAUCAUGUGGCCUUGAUUCACUUGCUCGGGUGUGGGAUCUUCGUUCUGGAAGGAGCAUCCUUUCUUUGGAAGGUCACGUGAAACCGGUAUAUGGAAUUAACUUCUCCCCAAAUGGCUAUCAUUUAGCCACUGGUGGAGAAGAUAAUACUUGUCGGAUCUGGGAUCUAAGGAAAAAGAAGUCUUUGUACAUAAUACCAGCUCACUCCAAUCUUAUUUCGCAAGUCAAGUUUGACCCACAAGAAGGAUAUUUUCUGGCAACUGCUUCAUAUGAUAUGACAGCCAAGCUAUGGUCUGCACGGGAUUUUAAGCCUAUAAAGACUUUGUCCGGACAUGAAUCGAAAGUCUCAUCGCUGGAUAUUGUUGGAGAUGGACAGUAUAUUGCAACUGUUUCACACGAUCGGACUAUCAAGCUGUGGGCAAGUCGUAGCAAUGGAAAGGACAGGACAAUGGAUAUUGAUUAGUUUCUAGUCUGACACCCUUCUUUAUGAAUAUGGGUUAAUUCACACAGUUCAGUUUUGUCUUUCUGUUGUACACGCAAGUAAUAGAUUUGGUUUUAGCUUACAGAUUAUAUACGUAACGUAUCGUAAAACCAUCUAAUUAUGCUCAAAAUUCUGUAGCCGUAUUCAACCACAUGAGAUGGUGUUGAACAAAUCAAUUACUAGAGAAAAUUUGUCAUGUUUUUAGUUUGAGAAUUUAGGCAAGACCUCUUUUACCAAUGUGAUGUACUUGUUUUUAUUU